CCCUUUGGCUAUAGCAAUGAUGCCACAUAAAAAGUUUGCUGUGACAUUUGACCCUGAAGCGAUCGCCAUGUUGUCCUAUGAUCAGGCCGUGGCAGUAACGAAGGAGCAGCUCGCCGAGCUGUCCGAGGUCCAGAGGACAGCGCUCGCCCUGGUGCUGACUCCCUGGGAGGAUCGGCCCAUAGACUUCAGAGGGAGGUCCCUGGGCCUGGCGCCGAGCCACAGUCCCGGCUGCCUCACAGUGGGCCUGCUGAUGCUGCUGCUGACCGUCCUGCUCUGCCCUGACACAUGACCCCACUCACCCCAGCUGGAUCAGGACGCCUCCUCAUCCACACAACCUAAACCGUCUCAUUUAUCUGUGCAAUACCAACCUUCCCUUUUUUUUUGGAAAUCAGCAGCUCUUCAGGUUUUCUAUGUGGUGUAUUUAAUGUGAUGGUGAUUUAUGUUGUGCAGCGUCCACUUUGAUGUCAACAAUCAGCACUGAAGAAACCACAAAUAGUUCAACUCAAGAAAGAAGAAAAACUGUUGGUUAUAUUUUAAUCUAAUACCAGCAGAAUUGGUUUCAUUGCACUUAUUGUAUUUAUUUUUUUUAUAAACCUGUGUGAACCCUACUGUCCUGAUUCUCAGGGAUGUGAAGCCAUAUCCAGACAAGCAGUCCAACAUGUAAAGGUGUAAACCUGACCGUGAACAUAAAGGUAUUAUUACAAACCCACAAAGCUGUAGACUUCUGUGAAAUGACAUUUCUUUAUCUGUUGUGAGUUCUCUUAUGUAACAGGGACACACAGCUCCGUCAGACCUGAUGCUAUCAGUGUUGAUCAACUUCAGUUUUUUUGUUGCUGUGAAUUUUGUAUUGUUGUGCACACUCUCCAGUGUGAUUAAUAUGGACCUAAAUUAAUAAAUUAAACAAAUCUGGCGGUUA